UAACUUAAAUAAAGGACAUCUUGCUCCAAAUGCUGAUUAUUACUUUUCGUUAUUUCGUAAAGCUACAAGCAUCUAUUUUAAUAUGGCACCAAUGGACGCAACUUUUAAUCAAAAUACUUGGGGCUCGCUUGAAGCUGCAGUUCGAGUUUAUAUAAAAGAAAACGACCUCGAUGCGACAGUCUAUACUGGAGGUUUUGUGAUGGGCACUCUCCAUUCGCUAGCUAAUGCCAAAAAGAGCAUCAUUAAAGGAAACCCGCUUCCUGUUGUUAAGAUUCCUGACCUGUUUUGGAAAGUAAUUAUUGCCGAUGAUAAAGCAAUUGCUAUUUAUAAAGUAACUAAAGACAUUGGCAACUUCAAACACUGUCCAAUAAGUGGACAUACUUAUUACUGUGAUGUUAAGACAUUCUAUGACAAAUUUAGGAGACACAUGUACUUCGAUUGGCCUGAAGACAUCACAAAAUAUGAGAAAAAGGAACGAUUGAAUAUGUUUUGAAUAAUUGUAGUGGUCUUAAGUCAGAGAAGCAAAUUGAUAGCAAAAUCAGAUUUAAUUGGUAAAUUUAAUUUUUAUUUCCUUUAAACAGAGCUCGAAGUCAACUCCAG